AUGGAGGUUGUGGUCCCUGUGAACCCAAAUGUGGGUAUGGCAACUUCUAGAGUGAAGGACUUCACUAGAAUGAAUCCUUCGGUGUUUCAUGGUGCCAAGGUUGAAAAAGAUCCUCAAGAGUUCGUAGAUGAAAGGUAUAAGGUGUUUAUAAUCAUGGGAGUGACGCUAGGGGAAAAGGAAGAAUUGGCUGCUUAUAAAUUUAAGUGUGUUGCUGAUGUUUGGUUCACCCAAUGGAAACAAGAGAUGGCAGUUGAUGUAGGUCCUCUUGAUUGGGAAAAGUUUAAGGUUGUUUUCCUGGAUAGGUUAUUUUCCUUUGAGAUGAGGGAGGCAAAGGUUCCUCUAAAAUUCAACAACGAUAGGGUGUCUAACCCUAAACCUCAAGGAGGAAAUGUUUUUGGAUUUUCAUCGUCUACUUGUUCUAAAUGUGGAAGGAAGAAUAACGGUAAAUGCCCAGCCGGUACAGAUGGUUGCUUUGGUUGUGGUAAGAGUGGUCAUAAGAUAAGGGAUUGUCCAUCACUUCUGGCUAAUGGAAGAGAAGGUGGGAAAUCACUACCUAGUUGUUCACGUUUAAGUGGUCCAAAGCAAAAUUGA